AUGGAGUUUGGAAUCAAAUGUGGAAGGAGAGAAAGGAUUGAUGUUGCGAGCGAAGAAGACACAAGUGGGAAGAAGAAGAAGAGGUGGUGGAGAUAUGUUUUGGAAACUAUAGACCAAUGGCUUGUGUAUAAGGGCGAUUGGCUAGAAGAAAUGAGGGGGGAUCUGAGCAUGGUGGCUGCUGUCAUCUCAAACAUGACUUUUCAAGCGGCACUUAACCCUCCAGGAAACGUCACCCAACAAAAUGUAGGACCAGGCGAUCCCCCUUUUAACCUCACUUCUCCAGAAGACAGACCCCUCGGCUGUUUGCCGUACAGAGAUGAGUCUGGGCAUAACCUCUCUUCCGGACCAAUAUUGCCCGGGGAAGCCAUGCUUGCUUAUAGUAAUGAAGAAUACUUUCGCCCCUUCAUAAUGUACAAUACCAUAUGUUUUGUUGCAUCUCUUUGUGUUGCGUUCUUGCUUGUAAGUGGACUUCCUCUCAAACAUAGGUUUGUGAUGUGGAUGCUAUCUGCAGCCAUGGGUACCGCUCUCGCGUGCCUACUAAAUACUUAUUUAUUCGGCCUCUUCCUUAUCAUCCCGUACAAUGAUUAUACGGAUGAUGUGCCGAUCGUAGCCUCUUGGAUUUUUGCUGCUUUACACCUACUGGUUAUUCUAUACAGCAUAAUGAUAUUUGUUAUAUGGGUAGUGAAGAAAUUGAAGGCAAAGUCCACUAAGUCCAGUGACCACACUGCUAAUAAUGCUUGA